AUGGGCCCCUGUACCGCCUCCCCAUGCUGCUGCCAGGCCCGUAAUCUGCCAUGGGCCCCCGUACCGACUCCUCAUGCUGCUGCCAGGCCCGUAAUCUGUCAUGGGCCCCUGUACCGCCUCCUCAUGCUGCUGCCAGGUCCAGAGUGUGUCAUGGGUCCCUGUACGGCCUCCCAUUGCUGCUGUCUCUAUCGCCACACUCUGGCAUGUGCCACUUUCAGGUCUCCUCACACUGCUGGUGGUUUCCAUUUUUGUCAUAGGGUGCUGUAUGGCCUCCCAUUGCUGCUGCCUCCACCGCCACACUGUGGCUCCACACUCUGGUUUUGGCCCCGUGACUGCCCAAAUGAGUGAAGUGUGCGGUGAUUCUAAGAUCGACGGCACUCAUCUGCAUGUCAUACUGACUGACAGUAUUAUUUCUCUUCCCCAGCAGACUCCAAGGGCAUUUAAAUUAAAGGUACAGUGUUCUGCACUAAUAUUA